UUAUUAUAACGCAUAAUAAAUAAUCAUUAUCUCUUUCUCUGGUUUAUUUAAUUAAAUCCGAUCAAUUGCCUUCCGUAAUCUUCUUCUUCUUCUUCUUCUUCUUCUUUGUUUUCUCUCACUCCACCACAAGGAAGAAUGGGCACUAAGCAAGCCCAUGACCUUGAAGAUGAUCGCGCGCCACCCUACGCUCCGUUGCCGGACCGACCAUCUGCUGAAGGAUCUCCGGCGAUUCUCCGACUACCCUUGAAGGGUUUUGCUAUGAUCUUUGCAUGUGUCAUUUUCCUAUUUUCUCUGGCGGCGUUAAUCGUUGACCAAACCAGGAAGCAAGUUGUACUGCCUCCCACAUCGAACAAAGAGUACAAUGUUAUUCCCCUGUCGUCUAUGACGCCGGAAACUACGUCGUUUUUGAGGGCUCGAGGGGUUGCGGAGGGUGUCUCGGCCAAAUCGAACCCGGCUUUGUCGGGUCAUGAAGCGUCGUUUAAUUGGACGAAUGCCAUGUUGUCUUGGCAAAGAACGGCUUACCAUUUUCAACCUGAAAGAAAUUGGAUGAACGAUCCUAAUGGUCCAUUGUUCCACAUGGGAUGGUACCAUCUCUUUUAUCAAUACAAUCCUGAUUCGGCCGUAUGGGGAAAUAUCACGUGGGGCCAUGCUGUAUCAACAGACCUGAUUCAUUGGCUCUACCUCCCAAUCGCUAUGGUCCCAGACCAAUGGUACGAUAUCAACGGUGUUUGGACUGGGUCCGCCACUAUCCUUCCUGAUGGUCAGAUCAUGAUGCUGUACACCGGUGAUACUGUCGAUUCGGUGCAGGUGCAAAACCUUGCAUAUCCCGCCAACCUAUCUGAUCCUCUCCUUCUUGAAUGGGUCAAGUACCCCGGCAACCCGGUUAUGGUCCCUCCGCCGGGUAUCGGACUCAAAGAUUUUCGCGACCCGACAACUGCAUGGCUCGGCCAUGACGGAAUUUGGCGAAUCACAAUCGGUUCAAAAGUCAAUAAAACAGGAAUUUCACUCAUGUAUCAAACUACUAACUUCACCACUUACACGCUACUAGAAGGGUUCUUGCAUGCAGUUCCGGGUACGGGUAUGUGGGAGUGCGUAGACUUUUACCCAGUGGCGACAAACGGGUCGGUUGGGUUGGAUACUUCAGCUAAUGGAGCCGGAAUCAAGCAUGUGUUAAAGGCUAGCUUGGAUGAUACUAAGGAGGAUGUUUAUGCAAUUGGAACAUACGACCCUGUAGAAGAUAAAUGGAUACCCGAUAACCCGAAUGAGGAUGUGGGUAAAGGGUUGAAGAUAGAUUAUGGAAGAUAUUACGCGUCUAAAACAUUCUUUGACCCGAAGAAGAAGAGAAGGAUAUUAUGGGGUUGGAUUAACGAGACAGAUACUGAAGCUAAUGAUGUUAAAAAAGGAUGGGCAUCCGUUCAGACAAUCCCAAGAACGGUGUUGUUUGACAACAAAACUGGGAGAAAUAUUCUCCAAUGGCCGGUGGAGGAAGUAGAAAGUCUAAGAUUGAACAGUACGGUAUUUGAUGAUGUUAUUGUGUCUCCAGGAUCCAUCAUGCAGCUCGACAUUGGACCUGCAACACAGCUAGAUAUAAUUGCAGAGUUUGAAACAGAACCAGUGGGAGAAAUAAUACAUGACCCAAAUGGAGAUUACAGUUGCAAGGGUGGUGGUGCAGUAGAUAGGAGCAGCUUAGGUCCUUUCGGUCUCUUGGUUAAUGCUGAUGAGAGACUCUCUGAGCUGACUCCAGUAUUUUUCCGCCCUACGAACACCACUGAUGGCUCUCUUAGAACAUAUUUUUGUGCCGAUGAAACAAGAUCAUCUGAGGCCCCCGAUGUGUUCAAAAGGGUUUAUGGAAGCACGGUUUCUGUUCUCAAACAUGAGAAACUAACCAUGAGAGUGCUGGUUGAUCAUUCAAUUGUGGAAAGCUUUGGACAAGGAGGGAGGACGGCGAUCACAUCUCGGAUUUACCCAACAAAAGCAAUCUAUGGAGCCGCAAGGCUCUUCUUGUUUAACAAUGCAACGACGGUUAAUGUGAGGGCGAAGGUUAAAGUUUGGGAAAUGAAUUCUGCUUUCAUUCAUCCCUUCCCAUAUGAUUAAAUUUAACCUUACACACAAUUUUAAGCGCACAACAACGGAGCCUACUGUAUUACACGUUUCUUUUUGAAACGUCCAAGGAAUGGCAUCAAUCUAAAAGCCCAUUUGCUCAACGAUGUCCAGACUAAUAUGGGCCAAAAUGGCCCAGCCCAUAUUAUUGAUUUUGGUAAAUGAUAAAAAGAAAUUCUGAGGUUACAUGAAUUUUGAU